GUUGGUUCUUUCGGUAAAGUCACGUAGAUAGAAACAUUUAUAAUAAAAAAAAUGAUGGGUUUUUGCAGAAACUUCCCUCUUGCUUUACGUAGCAGCUUAUCAUAAUAAGCAGCUGUGGUGUGCAUGGUCAGUGGGCACCUGGCCAGGCUGGUGGCCCGCUGGGCUUGGCAGAUGUAGCCGGCACGUCGCCACUGAUUAAUUAGUGGCGACCCUUAACAGCGCGGUGACCUUUGAGCAGAAUCUAAGAAAGCAUUCGUCAAUAAUACUUCCCUAAAAGGAAACUUUAAGAAAUGUAGUCCCCUAUUAUGUACAGUAGCGUUGUGAGGUGCUCAUGCAUCACUUGGCCAAUGCAGCAUCGCAAAAAGUGCUUAUUGAUUUAGCCGGAUGAUGUUCUGUUGAUUAGCGUCCCUUAACUGGGUGUUCAUCAAUUAAUUUCGUUCAAGCAGAUGAUAAUGCUUCGUUGAUGCAUUGGUGUCAUUUGACCAUUGAGGUUGGUGCGCUGCAUGUGACCGAUUGAUAACCCACGGAUAUCGGUGCCCCCUUUCACGAGGUGAUGAAUCCCCGAUUCACUCGUGGUUUUGAAUGUCACCUAUUGCAUGCUUUUUUUAACCACUCUUAGCAAAUUAAAGGUGGUGACUGUAACCAGGCGAAGUUAAUUAAUCGUGUGCUUAACCAGUCGAGAACUCAAGAGGAGAGACCGGGGUAUUCGCAUUUUCAAGGGUGUCUUUGGUCAGGUGAUGAAUUUAGUGGUCGUUUAUUGAUUAGGUGAUGACCCAUUCGUACACAGUAUCGGCGUCCCGUGUCUUUAACCAGGUGUAUAGCCACUUGCCAUUGAAGAUAUCUGUAUCCUUUGAAUAGAAUGAGAAUCCCUGCUUUUAGAUUGUAAUUGAUUGCAAGAUUGAGUGCAUCCUGUGCAAGUAUUGUGGCUCUUUUUGGGUCGGUGCUGCGUUUUAGUCAUUUCCACGUGAAUUCAUGAAGUUGCAAUUCCAGUGCCUCUUAAUAGAUGGCAGUCACAUGCAUUAUUUGGUCAUUCAGUUGUAAUGCACCUCCACCUGCAUCACCUGAUGGCCUUUUUUAAACCAGCUUGGAACAUUUGGAAGGCGAUACAACAGAGUGUAAAAUGUGGGAGUUCUGACUGGGGGCUUCAGAUGGCAACAAGAGCUGCAGACGCCAUUGCUUGGUAUCAGAAAAAGAUUGGUGCCUACGACCAGCAAAUAUGGGAAAAAUCUGUAGAGCAAAGAGAAAUCAAGUUUGUUAGAUUGGGCCUCCGAAACAAGCCUAAGAAGAGUGGGCACGUCAAGCCGGACCUGAUCGACGUCGAUCUGGUCAGAGGCUCCACAUUUGCCAAAGCCAAGCCGGAGAGCGCUUGGACGGCCAUCACUCGCAAGGGCAUCGUGCGCGUGCUGCUCUUCCCUUUCUUCUCGCGCUGGUGGAUCCAGGUCACCUCCGCGGGCAUCUACCUGUGGCUGCUGGGGCUCUACGUGCUGCAGGCACUAGCCGUCGUGCUGUACGUGAGCGGACCCAGCGAGCAUGAUGUGCCGUGGACGGAGGUCCUGUGCCCCGUGUGGCUCAUGCUGCUGCUGGGCACCGUGCACUGCCAGAUCGUCUCCACUCACUUCUACAAGACGCAGAGCAGCCUCGGGGCCAAGCGAAGACGGAGACUGCGUAAAGCAUCACAGAGUGACCCUGGCAAAGAUGGAGGUGGUUCGAGUACGACCGAUAACCAGGACGAGUUCAGGCGCUCAGGCGGUGGGAGCCACGGGCCCGGGGUUCUGGCGGCCCUGAGACGCGCGUGGGGGAGACAUCGUGUCUUUGGGCCGGAGCAAAGGAAGCGCUACGAGGAGAAGUCCACCGAGACUGACAAUGGCUACAUCUGCCUGGAGGGGAAGGCCUCGCGGCACUGCGUUGCCGGGGGCGGCCCCCUUCUCUCGCACCGCGUGGAGGCCCUCUCCGCAGAGGGCCGCCCCCAUCAGGGGUCACAUGGCAAGCAGGAGGCGGGCCGUUUGGGCCCCGCCGCCUCGGACGACCUGUCGAGCGAGGAAGAGGGUGGCGGACUGCGGGCGCCGGAGACGCCGGUGUACCGUCGCGGCGCGGAGCGUCCGUCGUGCGACGGGCUGCGACAACGCAAGCUUCACACGCACUGCAGGAAGCACUGCUCCGCAGAGGGAAGCGUGCACGCCAUCCGCGACGGUGCCACGGCCUCCGGCUCUGAGAGUUGUGAUCGAUCAGAGAACGACUCCUUUCUUUUCCCACAGUGCUGCCAGGAGGUGCUGCGCUCGUCAGGCAGCUGCAGCUCGCGCAGUUGCACGACGUCGCGCCACGACUCGGAGAGCACGCGGCCCGAGUCGGAGACGGAGGAGCUGCUGUGGGAGGACCUCCUGCUGGGCGCCGAGUGCCGCUCCACGGGCUCCACGGACAGCGAGGACACGGUGGCGAGCGCCGCCACCCUGGCCCGCGCGCGGGACGACCCCUUCCAGCAGCAGAGCCAGCUGUUCUUCCCAGGCAGCUCCUCCGUUGGGCUGGAGCGCGUGAGUGCCAUCGUGUGGGAGGCCAACGAGUGCAAGAAGGCCGAGAUGUCCGUCCUGGAGAUCAGCGGCAUGAUCAUGAACCGGGUGAACACGUACAAGCAAGGCCAGGUGUACCACGUGUUCAGCAACCUGAUGACGCUGCUGAUGGGUGCGCUCCCGCUGGCCUUCCGCCUGCUGUGGCACAUGGGGCUGGAUCAGGCGAGCACCGCGUCCCCCCUCGACGUGCUCUGGUGCUGUCUGGGCCUGGGCGCCGGCCCGGCCGCCGCCGCCAUCGUUGUCAUCUGCCUCGUGCAACGCGUGUGCCUCGUGUGGCUGCUCUUCUUCAUGCUCUCCGUCGCCGAGAAGACCUACAAGCAGCGGUAUCUGUUCGCCAAGCUGUUUGGGCACCUGACAUCGGCCAGACGGGCGCGCAAGUCGGAGAUCCCCCACUUCCGGCUCAAGAAAGUUCAAAACAUCAAGAUGUGGCUCUCGCUGCGCUCGUACCUGAAGAGGCGGGGUCCCCAGCGUUCGGUGGACGUCAUCGUGUCAUCCGCCUUCCUGCUUGAGCUCUCUGUGGUCUUCAUCUGUUGUGCUCAGCUGUUGAACGGGCACAGCACCUUUCUCGACGUUCACUACAACUGGGAGUUGCUGGCGUGGAGCCUCUCGCUUGGAAUCUUCUUGUUGCGCUUCGUCACGCUCGGCUCGGAGACGAACAAAAAAUACAGCAACACGUCCAUUCUGCUGACGGAGCAGAUUAACUUGUACCUGAAAAUGGAGAAGAAACCGAACAAGAAGGAAGAGCUUAAUCUGGUGAACAAUGUGUUGAAGCUUGCAACCAAGCUGCUCAAGGAGCUGGACUCGCCGUUCCGGCUCUAUGGCCUCACAAUGAAUCCCAUGCUCUACAACAUUACGCGUGUCGUCAUUCUGUCGGCGUUCUCCGGUGUGAUCAGCGACCUCCUGGGCUUCAACCUCAAGCUUUGGAAGAUAAAAUCCUAAAGCAGGGAGGGCGAAGAGCGAGUUGACAAAACAUAUGCCGCUCGUUUCCUGCAGCAGCGGCGAAGAUGCCCAUUAGUAAAUCGCUCCCAAGAGGCUGAAAUGUUACUGCAGCCGAGUAAUCAAACACAAGGGGGUGUUUUCCUGCGCGCCUUUUUUGGCAUUUGUUUCCUUGAUAUUUUAUUAUUUGUAUUCAUGUUAUUGCCUCCUCUGUUGAAAGUGUUUUUUCAUCUAAAUACCGCAGCAUCUCAAGUGACCGAAGUCAAUGUUUUCCUUUAUUUUACAAUCUAAAUCAAAAUACUGUGUUGUCUUGGAUAGGGAUUUGUGUAUGUUGAAAUGGUUUUUAACUAUUCAAUCCCGGUCAUAACUACCGAGAGGUUUGGUACUAUCUCACGUAAUGUUACACAGACUGCCAUUUUUUUACGGGCACAUCGCCACAUGUGAUGUGCUGAUGGUUACGCUUGCUGUACGUUUGUUUGCUGAAUCUUGGUAUUAAUAUUUGGCAGAAAUGCCGAAUAAAGAGGUCAAAAGUCCACAGCAGACACUCCUGAUGAGUCUUAAGAAACGUGCAAUAAAUUAGGCAGGCAAUAUGCGAUAGACAAAUGUCAACCCAACUAUGGGUUCGAUUUUCUCUGUUAACAUAUUUGUAAAAUGUACAUAUGUAUCAAUCUUAAGUUACAGUAUUGUCUGAAAACUGAUUUUAUUAUUAUUUGCACUAAGCUGGCCAAGAUGGCCUUGAUGGUCAAGAAAAAUGUGUUCAAACGUUGAUAAGCUUGUCACCAUUGGGUGUGUUUUAACUUUUUAUUUAGCUUGUGCAUACUACACGUGAGUGGUUAACGCCCAUUGAGCCCACUUGCUUUGUCCUUACGACAAGAACUUAAUUGGACAUAAAAGUAUAGCAUCUGGCCUUGUGAAGACCGGUAAUAAGCCCAAAAACUAAACGUGUUGCCACCUAUACAUACAUCUAUGUGGGGUGUUCUUUUAACGCAAUUGCAUAUUUGACCUUGGUUUGAAAACGGUGGUGUAUUCAUCACUGCAUUUGUCAGGAUACGUUAUUUAAAGUCGAUGCCUGCUAUAAGCUACAUGAUGUGCAUUUCAUGUACAGUGUGCUCACUAGAGCUGCAAUUCUUGCAAUAAUUAUAUGGUAUUUGAGUCCCAGGAUUCCACCCUGGACAAUUCCUGCAGGAAGUGAUGUAUCUAUUGGUGAUUCAAUGUCAAUCUCAAAUGUAUUUAAAUGGGAGUUUAACAGGGGUUUUGCUAUCAGAUAUUUGUAUAAUAGAAUGGGGGGGGGGGGGGUUACAUCUUGAAACCAACUCUGCUAGGUACUGCUUAGUCUAUCUGGGCAAAAUGACAAUAAUCGCCCAUUCCAUGUGGCCAGAACAGCCAUUGCAAUCCAUGACCGAUGCCUAUUAUGCAGAAUUGGCUCAAUUCUACCCCGUUUCUGGCAGGGAGUUCAGUUAAAUACAGAGGGGGCCUGUGGUUGCCACCGGCCCGUACCCACGCCCAUAUGCCCGUUCCUGCUUCAUGUAUAUGCAACAGUCUGGCCAGAUUCUUAGUUGCUCUUUGCAUAGCCACGGCUAAACUGCCCCGUGCAUCCUGACAAUAAGGUUCACACUGCUGAGAGUUGCAUUUGAAAUGGUGAGAUUCACUUAGUGCAUGAACAUCCCCUGUUUAAGCGUGAUCGCUAAAAAAGCCUUCGGCGAUAGUUCUUUUGGGGGUGAGCAGCUUUUGGAUUUUGAGGAUACCAUCGACAAACACACGCACCAUUUUGUUUGCUUUGAGAUGCUUUAAAUAGCCAGACGUCACUGCACAUUAAUACAAACACUACCAGCUUGUGUUUUUAUAUCUUGUGACGUGGUGGACAAGUUAUGCAUUUUCAUUGUAUUAUUGCUGUUACAUAAUGUUUAUUGUUGUUUUAUGACAUUGUACAAAUGGUACUAUUAAACCAAACCUGCCCAAAACUUGCAAUAUA